AUGGCCAAUUCCAGCUCUGGGAGCGUUGGAAUGUGGAUCAAGANCCACCGACUGUUUCGCAAGCUCCUGCAACAGCCGGUACGGUACAGGGCGCGCGAUGAGUCGGACGCAUCGGCGAUUACGACAAUCGCAGAGAGGGAGUCCAGAAUUCCCAAAUAUGGCCAAUUCCAGCUCUGGGAGCGUUGGAAUGUGGAUCAAGAGCCUUUGGCAUUCGUAAACGGGCUGCUCGAUACGUGGGAGGAGCGAGGUGCGAAGCGUAUCGCCAUCUCACAGCCCUUUCCUGGCCUGGAGAAAAGGCAGUGCACCAUGCAAGUCAUCUUUGGUCCGGGUGAGAAGACCUUGCGAAUUUCGGUGCUUUUCCGAGGCACGGGGAAGCGGAUCUCGCCGGUGGAGAAGGCCGCGUACCACAAGGGCGUGGGCGUGUUUUUCCAGGAGAAUGCUUGGGCCAACCAAAAGUUCUGUAUGAAGUGGGCUAAGAGGUCCUACGGCGAAGGCCUGAUGCGCGGGCGAGGUGAGCUUCCCAAGGCAAGCUCCAUUUUUAUCAUGGACAACUUGCACGCGCAGACGAUGGACGAGUUCAAGGAGUAUCUUGCGAAGGAGUGCAACACUCUCGCCUGGUAUGGCCCCUCGGAGUGCACGGACGAGGCGCAGCGUGUUGAUGCAGGAGUCGGACGAUUUAUCAAGGUGUUAGCUGGGAGGCAGAUGGACAUGUGGCUCGAGCAGUCGGACAACCUCGAGAGGUGGGAAACCGCGGCGCUGACAGCUUCUGAUCGGCGGGUACUGAUCAUUCAGUGGAUUGGAGCGGCCAUGGCAAGACUCAACAGCCAACAGGCGUUCCGAUUCCGCCUUUUCGAAAAGUGCGGGAUGGCCAUGACUGUGGACGGCUCAGGCGAUGAUCGGAUCACCUUGGAGGGUUUGGACAAGCCGUACACCUUCGCAAACGAUGAAGACUGUAGCGAGGACGAAGAAGAUUGGAGAACGGCAGCGAUGAGCCUGAGGGGCGGGGGAAGGAGGGCGAUGGACGUGAGACGGUCGUGGAGGGCGCUGAUUCCAGCGAUGAUGAAGACGACGGCGGUAAGCACGUCUCAAACCCAGCCCGAUGAGCUAGCUCUUCUCGACGACGACGACAGCACGGACCCACAAGACCCGGAGGACGAGACACAAAGAAUGGAGAUCCCGACAGGCUUUCGCAUUCAAGAAGUUAAACCCGUUGCUCUUGACAGAUUGCUUUCGCGACGUGGAGUGCUCGUUAGGCUGGGGAUGGGGUGGUUUGAAGGGUUGAUCAUUCAGCAAUCUCAGCAGGACACUCCCCACCUGUACGACUACUGCGUGAAGCUGGAGCUAGACCAUAGUACGCGCAAGAUGAAGCUGCCCUUAGACAAUUACACCGGAGAUCUGGAUGCGGCGGUAGGCUCCUGGGUUCUGCUUGAGAGCGUUAGACUAGUAGAUCGGGGAGGUUGA